AUGGCGGAGACUCUCUUCAGGUAUGCCCAACGAGCGCGACUCUUCUCUGACAACCCAAUGGUUUGGAACGGAGUCGCACUGCGACUGGCAAAGGGCAGGUACGUCUGCUCUCCUCCUGGCGAUCCACGUCUACAGCCAUGGAUCCAGGCAUUGGCACUGCUCAACGUCACCGCUGUUGUCUCCGUGACAUCCACCGUCGUUGCUGGUAUCGUCACUAGCCUGCCAGAAGACGCCGAAGAAAUCGCUCUCGCACCAGAGCAUCGUAUCCAGAUGAUCGACACCAUGGAAGAGCUAGCGAGCGCCAAGAAAGCGCAAGGUGCUGCCUUCGUUCGCAGCGAAGCAAGACUGCUCGUUUGGACAGACAAGGUCGAAGAGCUCAUGACGGUGGCAAAAGAGGUCGAGUCGAAGAUGGUCCGCUACGUUUGGCAGCAGGCUACCGGAGGCGCUAUCUCUGCUUCAGCAGUCGGCAUGGACGGAUGCUCCCGUGAAGUCUCGAACCCUACACCUCUUCAGGAAGAAGGCGUCCGUAUCGGCGCUGGAGGCGAGAAGCUCAUCACAACCAAGGUCAUCAACGAGAAGACUGGGGACAUCGAGGCUCUCGAAACUCACCAGGAGCGCCACACCGUCGUCAUUGCCGCUGUUCUGCAUGGUUUGGCCAUUGCUCUGAACAUCUUCCUCUGCUCGCUCUUCUUCAGGGCACUGAUCAUCCAAUCAGCCGUCGACGGAAAAUGGCUGCGAUGGGCGAUCGCAGCUGCUGCUCCCGGCCUUUUCAUCGUCAUCCUCUUCUUUGCCGACAACAUCAUUGGUGGUCUCUGCAUGGUGCUCGGUCCCGUCCGACAGAUGAAUACGAACUCUAGGUACUAUUCAAGUGUUCCACCUGAGCGCAUGCGAGGCAGUCUGCCCCACGUCACCAUUCAAAUGCCCGUCUACAAGGAAUCUCUCGAGACCGUCCUUGCGCCUACGAUCGAAUCGCUGAACAAGGCUAUUCAGACUUAUGAGCUGCAAGGCGGCUCUGCCUCGAUCUUGGUUUCUGAAGAUGGACUUCUGCUAGUCGAUGAAGAGGAGCGCAACAAGCGAUUGGAGUUCUACGAUCUGCACCAUGUAGCGUGGGUCGCUCGUCCGGGACACAGUGUCGAUGGCUACGUCCGCAAAGGACGUUUCAAGAAGGCCUCUAACCUGAACUUCACCUGCGCUCUCUCGCUUGCUGUGGAAAAGCUUCUGGCUGCUUGGCGACCCACUUCUGGGGAGCUUUUCGAGCGCUGGUCCUACGCAGACGAGACGGCUCUCUACGACGAUGCUCUAGCCCAUGCUCUGGCUGAAGCGCACCCCCUAGCGAGAGCGUCCGGCAACAUUCGUAUCGGCGAGCUCAUUCUGCUCAUCGACUGUGAUACUCGUGUGCCAGAGGACUGUUUCCUGGACGCUGCCUCCGAAAUGACGCAAUGCCCCGAAGUGGCCAUUCUGCAGCAUUGCUCAGGUGUCAUGCUGGUCACAGAGAACAAUUACUUCGAGAAAGGCAUCGGCUUCUUUACCCGCAACGUAAACUUCUCGAUCUCGUACUGCGUUGCUAAUGGUGACACAGCUCCAUUUAUGGGCCACAACGCGUUCCUCCGAUGGUCGGCCAUGCAAGAAGUAGCUGCGCCAGACCCUGAUACGGGCAUCAAGACGAUCUGGGCUGAAUGGACGGUGUCUGAGGACUUUGAAAUCUCUAUGCGUCUGCUCAUGGCAGGCUACAUUACUCGAUGGGCCACUUACUCCAACAAUGGCUUCCUGGAAGGAGUUUCGCUCACAGCGCAAGACGAGCUCAACCGAUGGCAAAAGUACGCUUUCGGCGUGUCCGAGCUCCUCUUUCACCCUCUUUACCAAUGGAUCUACAAGGGGCCUUUUACUCAUCUCUUCAGCAGUUACGUCACAGCAAAGCAGAUUCCCACCCACGCCAAGUUCGGAAGCGCUUCGUACAUGUUCUCCUACUACGCCAUUGCCGUUGCCUUUCCUCUCACUAUCGGUCUGACGCUAUGCCAGGCUUGGUUCGCACCUACGUUGGAUCACGCAUUCAUGGAGCCUUUCAAGGUCUGGGUCAGCGUCAUGGUCGUAUUCUCCGCCCUGGGCAACGUGGCCUACAUUAUCUGCAAGUAUCGAGCUCAAGCCGUAAGCUUUACCACUAGUUUGAUCGAACACGUCUCCUGGCUCUUCUUCAUGAUCGUCUUCUUCAGCGGCGUCUCGUACCACGUCUCUACCGCUCUGAUCGCCCACUUGGUUUCCUACGACAUGACGUGGGGGUCUACCAUCAAGGACCUCGAAGAUUCCAAUUUCUUCCGAGAGAUUCCUGCUAUCUUCAAGAAGAAUUGGGGUAUGCUCGUGCUCUGUCUCCUUAUCCUCGCGGGUACGGGGGUCGUCUUUGGUGACGUCUUGCCCAUCGAAUGGCAGGGUCAUGGCGGCUUCUUCGUCUACUGGCCCCUCGUGGCGCUCACUUCUGGUCAUGUCCUCUACCACCUCGUCCUUAACCCUCAAUUGCUGCGCUUCUCCUUUUAG